GUAUAAUUUUGUGGGAUACAAUUCAAGAUGGAGGGACGUCCAAUUUCGGAUCUUAAGGUUGCCGAGCUUCGCAAGGAGUUGGAGAAGCGCAACAAAGAUAAAACCGGUGUUAAACAGGUUUUGCUGGAUCGUCUCAAAGAGACUUUAGAAAAGGAUGGUCACGAUCCUCAAACCUAUCGUUUCAGAGAUGAUGAUAGUGUUAAAACUGACCUAGAGAUAUCGGAUCAUUCGGUAUGUGAUCACUUUAUUCAAACUUAUUCUUUUAUAGCCUGUAAAUGGUGAUGGACUAGGAGCUGAGAAAGUUGGACCCAUCACGAAAAGACGAAGUCCGUCAGAUGACGUAUUGAGUGAUGAAUAUAUUAUCAGUGAACAUCCAUUGCAGAAAAAAAUUACAGAGGAAACUGUCCCAUACGUUGUUCAAGUGGGUGAGCAAGAGGAAGAUUUAGAUUAUGAUUUGAAAUAUGGGAACAAUGACGUGCCCGAAGUCGCAGGCGAUAGCAAAGAUACCCAAGUCAAAGAUGAAGAACUUGACAAACAUGAAAAUAAACCAGAAAGCUGUUUCUUUUUUUAGUUCAGUUACUACCCACCAGAUUAGUGAAAGCUGUAGAAAUUUGUGGAUAAGUAACUUACCGAAAUUGGUGAAGGCUGCAGAUUUAAAGCAACAUUUUAGCAAGGCGGGGAAGGUAGUAUCAGCUACUGUGGUUAUGAGCACCCGCACACCUGGAGGUUGCUUUGGAUUUAUACAGAUGGCUUCUGCUGAAGAGGCAGCAUCUGCUGCUAGAGCCUAUGAUUUAACAGAGUUUGGAGGAUGCAUACUGCGGGUUGAAGCUACAGAACGAAAAGCACCAAUUCAAUCAAACAAAGCAAAUGAUCGAGUAGCUGGAUUAAACAAAUUAAAAACUAGUAUGCCUGAUUCUCGACGGACGGUAUCCAGACCGUUGGUAUCUCGAAGACGUUAUAUUGCCAACAGACAGCGAUUGUUGCGUCGUGCUGCCAUUAGAACUGCUAUUUUGAGGGAACAACGGAAAAGAUCCGAAUAUUUAUCCGCCAAUAAUCGUCCACAUUCCAUUAAGAAAACUCCUAUCAGAAGACCUUUAUACCAGUUUACUAGACCAAAUUAUAGAAUGUCAAAAGAUAGUUUGCGUUCACGAGGCGGUCUGGCCCUUGCAUCUAAACAUAAAAGUAUUUCACAGCGACAAAGCUCUUCACGGAUCAACACCAAUCAUGGAACACAGUCGCUGUUACAAAGAAGAUUAAAUUAUACUGUCAAUCGAAGGCUGCGUGAGCCAAUUCGUAUUCACAAAAGUGCCAGUGUUUCACAUCGAUCGUCCAAAUCAUUUUUGCCUAGAGUACACAGAAGUUCAAAUAUAUGUCCAGAAAACCAUCGAAGCUGUCUUUCUCCACCUUCCCGUUUAAUCCCCUUGGAUACACUUACUUCAAAACGGAACCCAACUUUUCGCACUAAUCGUCCUGUAGAAAGAGAUAUACGUGAACCCUAUCGCCCUGUUUUGCCAGAACGAAAGUAUCAUCCUCAGUCACCUGGUCGAUCACAUGAAUCAGGUCGGUAUGCACGAAACACUCAAUCAUCAGUCUAUACAGGAAGAAACACUGCUAAAUCCGUAUACGAUAGUCGUUCUCGUCAAAGUCACUUGAUGACUCGUUCUGAACCGCGCUAUACGAAUUACAGCAAUUUUGAUAGUCGAAAAAUGGCCGUAGCCUCUCGUACAGAUAUGUAUUCUGAAGAACGUUAUCGAACUCACGAUAGUCAUCUAUCUGAAGUACGCAGAACUCAAUUAAGGUCAAACCCCCCUACUUCACGAAUAAGAGUUGAGGAGAGUAAACGAGAGUACCGUGCAGUUAGUAGAAGCCCACCAAGGUCAAGAGAUUCUACGAUGAUGCGCCCUUACCCAGUUUCUCUCAAUUUCAAUCGCCAUCGCACGGAAACCAGUCAUCGUGGCCGCAGUCCACUGAUGUUACAGUCUACACCACACAGGCCCGAAAUCGUGGAGUAUGAACACCGUUCAGAGCCAAGAACGAAUUGGCAAACUGAAAGACGUUCCAAAGUUUUCUCAUCUCCAUCACAGUCGUGGAGGCCGGCAAACAAUGCAUUUUUCCUAUCUCCUACAUAUGAAAAUCGAAAUACAGGUCGCCGAUACCAAUAACAUUUAUUGCUUAUUAUAUGUAUAUGAAUAUGUUAUAUUCAAAUUUGACAAGCAAUUCUCUACUUAUAUCAAUUACAUUUAGCAAAUGUAUUAAUUGUGCGAAAAUUUUUAUCCAUGAAGGUUGUUGAUCUGCAUUCAUUCAUAUAAAGCAUUUUCUUUAGAAAUGUUUUAACUUUGAUCCUUCACACCUUAUACGAUGCCCGAUGGUAUUUAGAAGAUUUGCAAAUUAAUUAGCAUAUUGAUAUUUGUAGAAAACUCGAAGAAAUAAGGAUUCAAAAAAACUGGUCACAAAUAAAAAUCUGAAACGAGUAUAAUCCAGUGACAACAUCCUAUUGCAUAAUCGAAAAAUUAAGGAUAAAUAUCAACCAUUGAAUCCGAAAGAAUACGUGAAAACUGCAAAAAAUUCUAUUUCAGUAAAUUUUGUUAGCACCGUUGUGGU